AUGGAUACAUUUUUUGCUUUUAUCAACAACCGUCAAAAGUCUCAAUCAAACGACGUCGAGACAAAUGCCGAUAUAAUAAAGUCUACGUUUUGUCGUCUUCCAGAUUUUUCAUAUUCACCGCUUGUAACCCCAAAACGACGACAUUCACAACCUUCGAGCUCUCACAAUGAUACAACAGAUUCUUGUUCAAUCAAAUCGUCUUCAUCCACUUCGUCUUCGUUAUCGUCAAAUACAUCAUUAUCAUCUUUUGAUGAUAACUCUAUACCAGAAAAUAAAUAUGUGAGUUUUCCAUCAUAUGAAAAUUUCGCAAGUGAUUGUUGUUGGUAUGACAAUGAACAACGAUUACUGAUAAAACGAGAGACUGUGGUUAGCGAAUUAGAAAUGGAAAAAUAUGAUGUGAUGUUUGUGGGAGACGUUAGAACUUGA